AUGGAUCCCAGGAUGUGGCACAUAGUCGCUGGAGUCUCCGGUACUUCAUUCCCCUCUGUCAAUCUGCGUAUUUAGAAUUUUGCGGGACGAUUGCUUGUUCUAUUUGUGGUUCGCCGAUACUCUGAGGUUUCUCAAUACUCUGCCCUAAUGAUAUUCGGUUUGAGCAGGAGCUGCUGCCGUAGGGCUUGGUUCCUAUGGGGCACAUAUGUUCAAGCCCAAGAAUCCUUCUUACAAGGAGGUAUCAUUUCCGGCUUCGGUCCCUUGGAUUUCGUGGAUAAUUGUGUAGAAAUUGAAACAGAUCAUUGUCUUGACGAACCUCGUGGUUUCGUGUUAACAAAAGGUUUGGCAUACGGCGUCUCUUUACCAUCUGGUUCACACGGCCGCCCUGCUAGCGGCUCCUCUCACCAAACGCCCCCACCUUGUAUGCAACAUUUGGAUUUCCUGCUUCAUUUGGCGUCCUGACGUUCUUUAUUCUCUCUGUCUAUAUAUAAAUUCUUAAUAUAUAUUUCUCGUUUUUAUGCUCCAUCGUGGCAGUUUGGAGGCCUUUUGACUGCUGGAAUUUUGACCUUCUCGGGGACGUAAGAUUCGAUUGCUGAUAUUCAUUUCAUGUUUUCUUCAGCAUUUAAUAUUGACUUGGUAGAUUUUCAUCAUUGAAUGAAAAAUUACUCCUGAGCGUUAAAUGCUGCGCUUAUAGAUACUUUCUAACAUCCAAUUCUGCUUUCGCGAUUCCUCAGAAAUGAAAUACCAGUUUUCUUCUGUUUUGUGGGUAUAAAUCUCCUUUUUCUUGUGUCGGCAAUUCAUUGCUAAAACGAUAGGUCCACUCGCGAGUCUUGGUUUUGAGUUUGGUAAAUUUUGGUGAAAACUUGAACUAGGAACGUUGAAACAGCUGCAAAAUACUUCCUGAUGGAGACCGACAAGGAAAGGCAACUGUGGAAGCAGCCGUUGUAGGAGAGCCCGAUUUCUCAGAAACUAUCUAGGUGCUAUAGAACUAUGCUUUCUGUGGCACGGGCGUGGUAACUGGUUACUGAAGAGAAACAUUUAUUCUUCUCUUCUCUGGUUGUGAUACACGAUGGGUUUGUUUAUGAGGCACGAGUUGCUGCUUAUCUGGAUGGGGGUAACCAAAUAUUUUUAUUAUAUUUUGAUAUAUUACUAUUUUUACUUAGUGGCCGGAGGAAAAGAGGAAGAACGAAAGAAAAAAUAAAUGGCAAGUUCAGUGAAUGUGAAACAGAGGAAGUUACCUCGUGUGAUCAUUGAACUGUUGGUUCUUAAGCCCCAUUCAAGCUGUUUAGCCUCCUGAAAACUGGAAUCAUCAAGAGAGGGACAACAUCUUGCGCCCAAGAUCUGUUCUUCAUCGUCUGGUAUUAUACUAAAAAGAGAAACGGGAUGAUAGAACUGCACUGGUAAAUCUCGUCGGAGAAAGCUCCUCCUUUUCAUUAAUGAAAUAUUUAAUGUUUAAUAUUUUUGGAGAUCUAUCAGAAGCCUUUUGCAGAAAAUUUACACAAUGUUAUAUCCUUUUGCAAAGACACUUUCUUCUUCGUAUAUAUCUGUUAAAAAUCAAUUGCUCCAUUUAGCCCGCAAUCGAUCUACCAUGGCCUUUCGCAAAAUAUCCCAUGGCGGAUCAUUUCUCCAUCGAAGCCCAAUUCCUAUGGUUUCACUGUUCUAUCUUCUCUCUUCUAUUAUUUGGGAACCAAUAUCCUCAAGUUUUUAUGAGAGAAAGCAGACAUCUGUGCAUCCUCAGGACACCAAGAGCUCCAAUUCCAGCGUGUGAAUUGGAAUGCCAAUUUUGAUUUGAAUCACUUUUUUCAGGUGCUACAUCGUGGCUUAUCUUGAAGACAGAAAGUACUCUUCUCUCGCACCUGUCGGGGGCUUUGCAUUCAUCGGUGCUUGGGCGAGCCUACUAAUUUAG